CCGAAAAUAUUGCAGAGAAAAAAUUAAGUAUGGUGAAAAAUUAAGAAAUCGUUGGAGAAUUUGAUCAACUAUAACUAUUCCUAUAAUAUAACUAAGAAUAAACAUGGGUAGAACCUAUCAACCACAUCAAUUAGCUCUUGCUACUUUAGGAGCUGUUGUUUUUGUUCUUUUACCAAAGCCAUGGGCUCCAGCUCCACCAAAGCAUCCAUCUAUUAAUGCUAGUUCUCCAGAAGAAGAAAAGUUCGUUAAAGAAUGGUUAGCUAAGAAUUCUCCAGCUGAAGAACACUAG